GCUAACAAACAAUGAAUGCAGCCUCUACUACAGAGUUCAGAGUUCCAGAGAUGGAAAGAAUGUUAAAUUUUAGAGCCGCGUUUCAGUCUCAGUACAAUCAUUACGCCCUCCUAAAUUGUCCCUAAUCAUAAACUUCUUGGACGCUCUCUCGACUCAUUUAACACUUUUUCCUGAAAAUAACAUAGCCUUUAGUAAUUUUAUUAACCGCUUUAUUUUAUCUGCCUUAUUGUGGCCAACGAAACGACAGUCGCCUUCAACCCUGUUCUCUCUCUCGUUUGCCCUUCCGGCCUUUCUCACUUUUUUCCUGUCUUUACUUUUUCUUCUUUAUUUUUUCUAAAGCUUCUGUAAUUGAGUCUUGACUUUCCUUUUCCUAGAUAGUCUCAGAAAUCUAGUCCAAAAGGUCCAAACCCAUGUGAUUCAUAUUAAUAACUUAAAUAGUCUCACUUUAGAUUUGAAUGUGUUAACCACCACAACUCAACAGUAACGGUGACAUGGUGUUGUUGGUAAUCUUGUUCGAGCUGUUUCUGGACCAUUAGGGUUUCUUCUCGCUUCCUUUUCUGUUCUAUUUUAUCUUUGUUUUUCUGAGAUUCGAUGGGUGACAAAGGAGGGGGAGGAGAGGCUAUCAAGAAGCAACAACGUUCAUCCUCGCCUACACUUGAGGAAUCAGUAGAGACUCGACAGCAACAGAUUACUGCAGCUCCAUUUAUUUCCGCUCCUCCUUAUGUUCCGACUGGGGGAAACUCUGUUCAGUUGGAACAACAACAGCAGUGCGAAGCUGUGAAUCCGAAGAGACCCAGAUACGCUACCGGUCAAUGGAAGCUCCUGCCUUCAUCAUCCCAACAGCAACAGCGAAAUCCGCAGAUGACUGAGAUUAAUAGCGAAUCGAGCCCGUCUCGGACAGAUAACCCACAAGCCCAAAGUCACACCACUGCAGAAUCCUCUUCUCCAACAGCCUCGUCUCCCUCGCACUCUCCUCUCCCUUCUUUAUCAGCUGCGUCGGGCCAUGACACCAACAAGCCGGACAGCCAGCAGUUUCAUCAACAGCUUCGAAAGGGGAAAUAUGUGAGCCCGGUUUGGAAGCCCAAUGAGAUGCUGUGGCUAGCGAGGGCUUGGAGGAUUCAGUACCAAGGAGGGAGGGGAGAUGGGUGUGCUUCUUCUUCAGGCGGAGAGCAGGCUAACGAGACUCCCACCUCCUGUGGUGUUGGUGGUGGUGGCGAUGUGGUGACCAUGCCUUCUUCUAGGGGGAAGACUAGGGCUGAGAAAGAUAGAGAAGUGGCAGAAUUUCUCAACCGACAUGGAGUUCAAAGAGACGCAAAGACAGCUGGGACGAAGUGGGACAACAUGCUGGGUGAGUUCAGGAAGGUUUACGAAUGGGAACGAGGCGGUGAAAGAGAACAAGUAGGGAAGAGCUACUUUCGUCUAUCGCCUUACGAGAGGAAAAUUCAUAGAUUGCCAGCUUCGUUCGAUGAAGAAGUCUUCGAAGAGUUGUCUCAGUUCAUGGGUCUUCGUACGAGAAGCUCUCAGAGCAGAGGGCCUGCUGCAGUUGUUGGCGGAGAUAACGGGAGAUCAGCUGUGGCUGGGCCGAAAGCUCUCCCACUGCCACCACCACCUCCUCCUUUCAAAGAUGAUGACCUAUCUCUCUCUGCAAAGAUCAAGCAACCGGGCACGACGGCCACCACAGAAGCUUUCCUUCAUGUUGGUCGAGGGAACUUAUCUGGGGUUGAGACUUCAUUGGAGAUUGUGGCUCCGUCAUCUUCUUCAUCGUCAAAGGAAUUUCGACGCAUAGGAAAGAUCAAAAUGACUUGGGAGGAAUCUGUAACUUUGUGGGCGGAGGAAGGAGAGUACCAGAGAGGGAGAGUUAAGUUUCAAGGCUCAAGUUUUCUGAACGCAGAUGAGCUUGCUUUCUUAGACGACACCAUGGUGGCUUGCACCAUGGAGGCCUUCGAAGACGGACCACUGAAGGGUUUCUCUGUGGACAGGUUCGUCUGUGGUCAACAGGUCAAAGUCUUCGGAAGACGAAAGCCAUCGACUGCUACGUCCGGUCUUUCGGAGAGAGUUCAGCUUCCAGCGGUAACAGAACCGUCCAUUAGAUCGAUUCCUCCUUGGGAAUAUCAGGACCCAAGUGAGUAUUACUUGGGCUGCUUGAGGUCUCCACCCACAACACUCCCGAGUUUGUUUGAGCUCUCAUGGCACCUGCAGGAGCCUCCGUCGGAGGACUUUAGGUUCCCUCUCAGGAAGGACGUGUACAGAGACCUACCUCAAGGGAAGGAGCUCUUCUUCACCACAUCCACAGAACUGUUAGAUUGCAGGGGCAUAAUGUUUGAUACCUUAAGUCCAGUUGUCCGCUCGAAUCCCAGUAUCAGCGCUGGCACUGCAACGAGCAGAGACUCGUUUAUCGGCUUAUGGGACGACUGCAUAAACCGAGUUGUUUCCAAAUUCUGCUCCCUCGAAAUGGUUAUCGUGCGGAAACCUUCGUCAUCUCCGACGACGACGGAGACGUUGCAGGAUCAGUGGCCUAACGUGACGGGCUUCGUAAGAAAUUUCUGCUUGUGGAGAGGAGAGGAGACUGAUCAAGUCAGGGAAGGCAAUGUGGAUCCCUCGUCUUCGAUAGUAGAGAAGCUUCUGUGGACGUACUUGGACCUCCCAUACAUACUAGGUUACUACGCGAUCGGAUAUUCAGUCAUCUUUUGCGCUUUGAGUCGCUCACAGGACCGAGUCCUCCGAACCGAUCUCUACUCGGUAGACCUAUCGACGCCAACGGAGAGACUAAAAGCACUAGUCCCAUGUUGGAGAAUUGCAGGUCUCUUACCAUUGCUGGCGGACCGGUGCUUCAACAGUAACAGCAAUGUUGGUCACACGUACAAGCAAUUAGCUUACAGCGAUUUCGAGAGGCUAGAUUUGGGGGGUGGAAACGUCAUCGAGAUGACGCCCAACACGAUGAAGCGAUCGUUCUCGAGCAGGAGAAAGUGGGCUGCCGUGAAAGAGAUAUACGAUUUUCUCGACCACCGAAUCCCACACGCCGAGUAUGUAAUCCGAGCAUCAGAGAAGGAGCUAGCCUUAAUUUUCAAGCCGCGAGGUUGUAAAUCGAAACCCACGAGCUGCGAACAGCUGGUGGAGGCGCUCAAGUACGUGACAAAGGCGUUGGUUGCACUACACGAUCUGUCCUUCAUGCACAGAGACCUGGGGUGGGACAAGGUAAUGAGGAGGAGUGAUAGAGAGAACGAGUGGUUUGUCGGCGGGUUUGAUGAGGCGGUGGGUGCACCACAGAUAUACCCUCAUGGUGCCAUGGUUGGCGGUGGUCGGCAAGCGCCGGAGAUGGCUAGGGGAUUGCAUGGUGUGAAGGUGGAUGUUUGGGGCGUUGGGCAAUUGAUAAGGACGUGUGGAUUGGCGGUGCCAAAGCUGUUGAGAGAGUUGCAAAAUAGGUGCCUCGAUCAGAACCCGGAACAGCGGCCGACGGCAGCCGACUGCUACCACCACCUGCUACAGCUGCAGUCAUCUCUGUCCGCCGCCGCAGGCGGGUAUUGAACUGAGGUGAUUGAUCAAUCCAAGUAGUAAUAAUUAAAUUGGGCACGGGGGAUCCAAAAGAUCGAUUUAUUUACAUCGAAAAUGCUAAAAUAUAUAUAUGUAUCUUCUUGGGUCUGCAACGUAGACUUCUCUUCUUUUCCUUUUUUUUUUUUUUCCUUUCUUUUUCUAACCAUUUCCAUCUUCAUUUUUUAAGGCUUCUUUAGGGUGAGUUCAAUCUUUAUUUUUAAUUUUAUGUAAUUCAUGGUGUUCCACUGAACUGUUCAGAAGCUCUUGUGGUCUGUAAAUGCUAUUA